AUGACGGACAAAUGUAUUUGUCGUCCUACCAUUGUCUUCUUCAAUUCAAUAAUGCAUAGUCUGUGCAACGAAGGAAGGGUCAUAGAUGCGCACCAUAUCUUUGACUUGGUUAUAGACAUUGGUGAGAGACCUGAUCUCAUUGCAUUUAAUACUCUGAUUGAUGGAUAUUGCUUAGUCGGCAACAUGGAGAAAGCACUCGGUGUACUUGAUUCCAUGGUAUCAGCUGGCAUUGAGCCUACUGUUGUUACAUAUAGCUCACUUAUUAGUGGGUAUUGUAAGAGUGGAAGGCUCGAUGAUGGUGUUAUUCUAUUCAGAGAAAUGGAGCAUAAGAGAGUUAAACCUGACACUGUUGCAUAUAACAUCAUACUGGAUGGGUUAUUUCAUGCUGGGGCAACAAUUGCUGCAAAGAAGUUGUUCAAUGAGAUGAUUGAAAGUGGAACAGCAGUGAGCAUUUCCACAUACAGGAUAGUUCUUGGAGGAUUUUGUAGGAAUAAUUGCACCGAUGAAGCGAUCGUCUUGUUCCAGAAAUUAGGUGCAAUGAAUGUGAAGUUCGAUAUUGCAAUACUCAAUACCAUGAUUAAUGCAAUGUACAAGGUUCAGAGAAGAGAAGAAGCUAACGAUUUGUUUGCUUCAUUACCAGCCUGUGGGCUCGUACCUAAUGCCUCUACUUACGGAGUAGUAAUACAGAAUCUUCUGAAAGAAGGAUCGUUGGAAGAAGCUGACAAUAUGUUUUCAUCAAUGGAGAAGAGUGGUUGUGCUCCCAGCUCUCGUCUUAUAAAUUAUAUCAUCAGAACGUUGUUGGAAAAGGGGGAGAUAGUCAAUGCAGCAAAUUAUAUGUCUAAAGUUGAUGGGAAGAUCAUCUCUUUUGAAGCUUCGACCACUUCGUUGUUGUUGUCUCUCUUUUCGGAGAAAGGCAAAUAUCAGGAACAAUUACAAUUGCUCCCUGCGAAAUACCAAUUCUUUGGUGGAGUCAUUUGA